AUUUGUGGCAUGAAAAAGGUGUAACCGCAGUAGUUUGAUGUGUGCUAUUGUUGUUGUUUUUGGACUGUGUCUUGUGUGUCGCCUGCCGCUUUUAUUACAUGGUCCUGUGUUCGAUGGUUGUGUCUAAGCGCGCAUCUUCCUUUGUGGCGUCUACUAGGGUGGAUUCCGAUGUAUCUCCAGUUUCCCACCAAUGGCCGUUCAUUGAAUCUGAAGUCCGUCGUAUUCUUGGUUCAUGUCAUAUAUUCAGUUCUGGCAGUGAGGUGGUGUUGUGUGAUUCCAAGGUUACAAAGUGGUUACGAGUACUGUCGACUCUACACUCCCGCAUGGGUCGUAUGAGCGCAGGUAAUCAGAUUAUGGUUUGCGGCAGUGGCGACAUUGCAGCAUGUGAAAUGAUGAAAACGUUUUUGAUAUUUCUGUAUGAUUUUUAUUUAUUUUAAUAUUUGUUUUGUUUAAUGAUGAACUUGUAAUUAAACAUUCAUGUUUUCCCCGAUUAGAUUCUAAUUUCAUUUUUU